AUGAAAAGAAAAUCAGCAAACAAAAAGAAUGCGAUAAAACUAAGGUUAAUGCCUUCUCCUGUAUGUGGGGAUGGAGAGAUGCAGAAAUGGGUGUUGCAACCUAAACAUAAUUUAUCUGAAGAGGAACUGACGAAAGUACGCAAUCUAAUUGGUGAUAAUAUAAUCCUGCCCGACAAAUCGGGAGAAAUAAAAGGAUUUCAAACAAGUACAGAUGUCUUAGAGAAGUGUAAAUUAGAACUAAAUUCAGAUAAAAGAGAAGAUUUGGAAGACUAUACAUUUAAUGAUAACUACUUUCCUGAUGAUGGAUACAAUUAUGAACAACAUCUUUGUUUAAUAGGUAAGGGUCACUUCAUACCAUAUAAUCAUGUGAAAGAAGAUCUUGAUAUAUCAGGAUUCAUAGAUAUUAACACUACUGUAGCUUAUAAUGAAUGCGACAAAAUUUCAUUAGCAGGUAGUUAUAAAAAUGAAAUACCUGAGCUUCAGAAAUGUUUAGAAGAACCGGAAAAUUUUGAAGAAUUAAAUGAUGACUUUAUUUUAGCUGCUUCUGGUGCACAAAAUCUUAAAGAUCUGCAAAAAUCUAUUGAUAUAAGCCAAGUUUUAUGGGGAAUUCAUGAAGAACCAAAUAAUCUAAGGAAAUUCGGAGAUACAAUUAAUAAGUUAAAUUCCAAUUUAAAUUCUUCAGAAGAAGUAUCAGAAUUUUUUUUUAAAGAUAAAAAAUGCGAAUUAUCUGAGAAUAACACAUCACAAGAUAUUUUUGAUCAGAUUUUAAAGGAGUAUGAUGAUAACUACGAGUUAGAAGACGAACUCCCUAGUGAAAAUCCUGAUAAUAACUUGGAAAUAUAUAACAAUAAAUUAGAACAGAAUAUAUCUAGAAAAAUGACUUUAAAGGAAUGUGAAAAUCUGUUAGAUAAAUAUAUAAGUAUGGCUACUUCAGGAUUAAAGCAAUUAAAAAAGGAUAGAAAAGACAAAUCUACUAAUACCAUUCUCUAUAAGCCUUUAGAAGGUGAAACUUUAGAAAAAAUUUUGUCCAUUAUUGAAAGAAUUAAAUUAGAUGAUGAUAUAGAUACAGAAAGUAUUACUAGUUAUGAAUCAGAUGAUGACAUUAAUUGGGACUGUGAAUCAGUCCUAACAACUAUGAGUAAUUUAUACAAUAGGCCUUGUAAAAUCAAAUUACCUCAAAAGAUAUAUUCUAAUUCACAAAAGACAUUUAUUAAGCUAGAUCCCCAAAAGAAUAUUCCUACUGAAUAUUUACCAAAAAAAAGUACUAUAACUCGGGGAUUGGUAUCCGUCACUGAGGACAAUAUAUUAGAAGAUAAUAAGAUACCUAAUAUUGGUCUAAUUUGUAUAGAAAGGAGACGGAAUGAGACUAAGGAAGAACGUAAACAACGCAAAGAGGCAGUUAAGAAUGCUAGGAGAGCAAUGAGAGAACUUAGACGUCGCAAUAAGCAGCAGGUGAAAGAUGUGAAAAGUACAGUGGCUGCCAAUUUUGAAAAGUCAAAUCAUCAUGAUAUAAAACCUGGAAUUAGAUAUUUUAAGUUCUAG